AUGACAUCCAACCGCGGCCGCUAUCUAGACGCCAGCCUCGACCACUACCAGAGCUCUCCAUUCUCCACAGCAACCCCAACCAUCCUUCCCCAACCUCGAAUCCACCUCGAAGUUGUUCCCGUCGUGUUUAUCGCGCGACAACAACAUCACCAGCUCGUCUCUUGUACCGCAGCUGUCUUCACCGCCGCCAUGCAGCUCACCACCCUCUUCCUCGCCGCGCUGAGCGCUGUCUCUGUCACCGCAUCGCCCUCAUGGAUGGGUGGCGACCAGGUCACGAUUAAGGAGGAGUACAAGGUCCCAGGCGACAAUCCUCUUUACUUCUGCGGCGACCCAGCCGACGACCUGCUGAAGAUUGAGAAGGUUGAUCUGAGCCCCAACCCACCCAAGCCUGGCGAGAAGCUCAGCAUCAAGGCCACAGGCGACUUCAAGGAGGAGGUCGGUGAGGGUUUCAAGAUGCACCUGCAAGUCAAGUACGGCCUCAUCACACUCAUCAACCAGAACGCGGAUGGUUGCGAAACGAUAAAGAAGGGAGACCUCGAGUGCCCGCUCAAGAAGGGCGAGAUGAGCUUGACCAAGGACGUUGAUCUGCCCAGGGAGAUUCCUCCGGGCACAUACACCGUCCUCGCCGAUGUCUUCACCGCAGAGGGCGACAAGAUUACUUGCCUCACCGCCAAGAUCGCUUUCCACCGGUAA